GGCGACAUUGGUUUUGCCGCAGCCGGUAUCAGUCCUUCUCUUCCAAGAUGUCGGUGUUCGGGCCAGUGGUGAAAAUUCAUCCCGUGGUUGUCGCUUCUAUCUGCGACUCUUACGAGCGGAGAAAUGAAGGCGCGAGUCGUGUAAUUGGGACCCUGUUGGGUACUAUUGACAAGCACUCUAUUGAGGUGACCAACUGCUUCUCUGUUCCUCACAAUGAGUCUGAAGAUGAGGUGGCUGUGGACAUGGAGUUUGCCAAGAACAUGUACGAACUCCACAAGAGGGUUUCUCCCUCCGAGGUCAUCAUUGGCUGGUACGCCACAGGUUUCGACAUCACAGAACACUCAGUGCUCAUCCACGAGUAUUACAGCCGUGAGGCCACAAACCCCAUUCACCUGACUGUGGACACAGCACUGCAGAGCGGCAAGAUGAACAUCCGCGCCUACGUCAGUGCCCAGAUGGGAGUGCCAGGAAAAACUGUUGGUGUGAUGUUCACCCCAUUGAGUGUCAAGUAUAUUUACUACGACACUGAGAGGAUAGGCGUGGAUCUUCUACAGAGGACGCGUAUAGCCCCCACUCGCACCAAGGGGCUCACCUCUGAUCUGUCCCAAGUAGGUGGAGCUGCAGCCAGGGUGCAGGACAUGCUCACCACCAUGCUUGCCUACAUAGAGGAUGUGCUGUCUGGCAAGGUGACAGCUGAUAACAGCGUGGGCCGUUUUCUGAUGGACCUGGUUAACAAGGUGCCCACCAUCUCAGCCGAGGAGUUUGAAAACAUGCUCAAUUCUAACAUCAAUGACCUGUUGAUGGUGACAUACUUGUCCAACCUGACCCAAGCACAGAUUGCUUUGAAUGAGAAGCUGGUGCUGCUCUGAGGGAAUUCAUAUUUCUUUGUGAUUCAUAUUUAAUUUUUGUAUUUUUUUUUUUUUUUGGCUGAGAUGAAUAAAAGACAUUACACAGUCACAAAGUGUUGGUCCAACUUGUGUACCUUGUGGGAAUUACACUUCUUGGUUUUAUUUAAAAUGUGUAAACAUAUGCUUUUUAUUGAUUGUUUGUCUCUUUAAAUUGAUAUUGCAGAGUCUCUUAGACUUCAAAGUAGGUACUUAGUGUGUGGAAUUCUACAUAGAGGAAAAUUACUAAAUGUUUGGCCAGAAUCUGCUGUUCAAAACAUAUGAGGUCUUGGUGAUUUAAAAGGUUUAACAUCCACUAAUGUAUGAAUCUCAAUUUUAAUUGUAUGGCUUUGACACUUAAAAUGACGAGUAGUGAGAAUCGAAUAGUCUUUAAAAAGGCUUGUCUCAGAGGUUUAUGUAAAAGUUAUCUUUAAUGCAGUCUACAUAAUAAACAUUCAAAUCAGAGGCAAGAGAUAAAUUCAAGCAAGUGGCCAACCAUGCCCAGCCUGAGUUACAUGUGAAGCUUAGUGCAUAAAAUGGGCAGGUCAGAAUAGCACACGUCAAUCUACAGUAUCUGGAAGAAGUUGCUGUUAUUUUUUAUUGCUGAGUCCCGCUGGGAUAAUCAGGCUUUAAUUCCUGAGCCGGGUGUUCUUCAGGGCUUUAGGAUCUUCUCCACGGCGACGUAGCUCUGCACAGCGCAGUCGUACGCGCACUCCCCCGUGGACUUGGC